AUGGAGGUGUCUUCGGAGCAGUCUGGCGAAGGCGUGGCAUCGGAAAAGCCUCUGAGUUCCCCGAAGAAGAAUGUUCCAGAAGCUUCCAGGAGAGCUGCAAAAGCCGCCGCGGACCCUGGCGGUGCGGCAAAAAGGAAAAUCGAACCGCGAAGCGGUUCGAGUACCGGUUCCGGCGCCGUUCCGGCAAGGAGAUCGGGUUCAAUCGGCGGUUCCGCGAGUUCGGUUACCGCGCCGAGACGGAACAGCACCGGAGGAUUGUCUCAGAAGUCGUCGAUCUCUGCUGGAGGGAGAAAAGCCGAUUCUGAAUCUGUUGCUGGAGGUAAGAGCAGCGUUUCGUCGGCGAAUGAACCUGUCCGGAAGUCGUUGCCGGAGCUCCAGCGUGGUUCUGUAACUUCUUCGCGUGCCGGCGCUGCGGCGAAGCCUGCUGCAGUUUCGCUGGUUGAUUCGGCUUCUAAGAGUGCCCGUGUGAGGAAGGCGGAGGUUGCGAGGAAGCCGGCAUUGUCGGCUUCGGCUUCGGCUUCGUCUGUUUCGAGAAGGAUUAGUUCUUCGUCGAUGGAUAGCACUGCCAGCAGCGGAGGUUCUACUCGAAGGACGGUUUCCAGGGUUUCUUCGCCGACGGUUUCCAGCGGGUUAAAGGCGGGGUCCCUGUCGAUGUCGCAGGAUAGGGCUUCUGUACUUUCUGGAAGAAGGAAGGGAGGCACUCCUGAUAGCCGGGAUUCGCGGUUUAUUGUUCUUCCGCAUGUUGAGAUUAAGGCCAAUGAUGACUUGAAUUAUUGGGGAAAGAAUAGAAAGAAGGAAUUAUACCUGCAUAGCGUAAAAUGGUCUCACCCUACUGUGGGGUGGAGGGCACAGUUGCCGAGACUGGAUCUAAGGGGACACAGAGUUCGUAAUCUCACUGCCAGUGGAUUAAACUUAUCCUCAAACUUAGAGUUUGUUUAUCUCCGAGACAAUCUGUUGUCUACACUGGAAGGAGUAGAAAUAUUGUCGAGAGUGAAGGUUCUUGAUUUGAGUUUUAAUGAUUUUAAGGGGCCUGGAUUUGAGCCUCUUGAGAAUUGCAAAGUACUGCAGUUUCUUUCAGUAGCUCAGAAUAAGUUGAAGUCUCUGACCAUGGCUAGCCAACCUCGACUUCAGGUCUUAGCUGCCAGCAAAAACAAAAUUUCGACUCUCAAGGGUUUCCCAUAUUUACCUGUUCUUGAGCAUUUGCGAGUGGAGGAGAAUCCUAUACUUAAAAUGCCUCAUUUGGAAGCAGCCUCAAUAUUACUAGUUGGACCUACUUUGAAAAAAUACAAUGAUAGAGAUCUCUCUCGUGAGGAAGUGGCACUAGCAAAGCGUUAUCCUGCACAGACAGCUUUAUGCAUUAGAGCUGGUUGGGAGUUUAGUCGCCCUGAGCAAGCUGCAGAGUCAACUUUCCGCUUUUUAGUUGAGCAAUGGAAAGACCAUAUUCCUCCGGGUUUUCUUCUCAAAGAAGCCUCCAUAGAUAAACCUGUGGAGCAAGAUGUGUGUCGUUGUCAUUUCACCAUUAUUCAUGAUGGUGCAGCUAGUACAGGCCCUCCAUUAGUUUUAAAAUAUCAAUGGUUUUGUGGUGAUUUAUCGCUUUCAAAUUUUGUUCCUAUUCCAGAUGCUACCGAUGAGUGGAACAGCAGUCCUGUGGUCAUUGUUGGGGCAGAAGAUGAAGAGUAUCAAUUAAACAUUGAUGAUGUUGAUUCAAGUUUAGUUUUCAUGUACACACCAGUAACAGAAGAAGGUGCAAAAGGAGAACCUCAAUACAAAUAUACAGAUUUUGUAAAAGCAGCUCUCCUUGGUGUUGGAUGUGCACCAAUUUUGGCUACUGCAAUCUUUGUUUUCCUUCCCAUUUGUUUUGAACAUGUUCAGCAUGAUGUUUUAAAUCCUGGAUUGCGGAGUGUAGCAACCGUACCCAAAAAACCCGAGAUAGCACAUAUCAGGAAAUGA